CUUUCCACUUGGUUAUGAACGUAGCAUUAGGCUACAACUUCUGUCAUCGCACUGUUCAAUGAUUCUGCUUUUUCGGUCGGUGAUGAAAUAUUAGGGUGAAAGGUUAGGCAACGUUAUAACUCCAAUGCCAGUAACAAAGCCCACAGUUCCCUUCCGGACACUGCAACAGAUCGGUUACUAUACCCAAUCCUGAGAUCCACCGACAAGCCAACUUUCUCCAGCAGACUUGGGCGAGCCUGAACUGAAACAGCAGACGCGCAAGCACGGACCAAACGGUAAACCAGUCUCUACAGAUCUACUGUUUUUGACCAGAGGAGCAGAGCACCAUGGUUGUGUCCAAGGCCUGGACGUUACGCCAGCACUUCCAGGGUUUCCCCAAGGCUAGUGACUUCCAUCUGAGGGAGGAGACGCUGCCGCAGCCCAAGAAUGGGCAGGUGCUGUUGGAGGCUGUGUUCCUCAGUGUGGACCCUUACAUGAGACCCUACAGCCAGACAAUGAUGAAGGAGGGAGACGUUAUGAUUGGAUCACAAGUUGCCAAGGUGAUCCAGAGCUAUAACCCCAGCUUCCCGGUGGGCUGCCAUGUGGUCAGUGAUUGUGGAUGGAGGAGUCACUGGGUGUGUGAUGGGGCAGAGCUGACCCCUGUGCUUCCCGACUGGCCCCAGGACAUCCCCCUCUCCCUGGCCCUGGGGGCCAUCGGCAUGCCUGGUCUGACAGCUCUGUAUGGACUAGAGGAGGUGUGUGAGAUAAAGAAGGGGGAGACUCUUCUGGUGAAUGCUGCAGCAGGAGCCGUGGGCUCAGUGGUGGGACAGAUCGCCAAGAUCAAGGGCUGCAGAGUGGUGGGCUGUGCGGGGACAGAUACCAAGGUGUCCUAUCUAAAGGAGCUGGGUUUUGACCAGGUCUUCAACUACAAGACUGCCACCUCUCUGGAGGAAUCACUCAGGGAGGCCGCGCCACACGGAUACGACUGCUACUUUGAGAACGUUGGUGGGAAGUUCUCCAGUGUAGUGAUGCCUCAGAUGAGAGAGUAUGGCAGAAUAGCUGUGUGUGGAAGCAUCUCCAUGUACAACGACACCACACCACAGACAGGGCCUUAUGUACACACCCAUAUGAUCUUCAAGCAGCUGAGGAUGGAGGGCUUCCUGUGUGCUCGCUGGAAACACAAACACCAGCAGUCACUGAGGAGGCUGAUGGCCUGGAUGACUGAGGGCAAGCUGAGAUGCAAUGAACACAUCACCAUUGGUUUCAACAACAUGCCUGCUGCCUUCAUGGGCAUGCUACAGGGAGACAACACCGGCAAGGCUGUGGUCAAGGUGUGAUGACAUCACAAUCAACAUUACACUCCUCCAGAACAUCUGGCUAAAGCAUUCCAGAACACUCAACUUCAUACACUCCGGGUUCUAGAACCAGAAUCUGUUUCACCUUAACAUUCCAGUAUCCUUCCUGAAAAUCACACUAUAGUGUUCUGUUCCAUGUUUAUUCAUAGACACGUUCAACAGAGAGCUAGACAGGUUUUGGUCCAGUGUAAUUCAACAGACAGCCAGACAGGUUUGGUCCAAUGUAAUUCAACAGACAGCCAGACAGGUUUGGUCCAGUGUAAUGCUAUUAACUAAAUAAACAUGUCUUCACAAUAUAAUGUUUAUAAUA